AUGACCGAAGCAUUAGUACAAGAAAUUGACCGAGGUCUUCAACCCUUGCUUCGUCUCUCUCAGAGUUUGGGUGAAGAAAGUUGGGGAUUUACUACCACAAAUAAAUAUUUGGCUGAAAUAUCCAGAGAUAUUGAAGGUUCAAAUCUUAAAGCUAAAACCUUUAUUACAUCCGUCCAUGACAACCUUCACCUAAAAUCUUAUAAGUCCUCCAAUGUAUAUCAAGAAACAUACCAAUCCGUCAACAGUCAAACAACAAAAACAACCAAAUUCUCUGAACUUCCUCUUGAAACAACAUUACCAUCCACCAUCAGUCCAACAACAACAAAAUUCUCUGAAACAUUACCAUCCACCAUCAGUCCAACAACAACAACAACAGAGUCCUCUGAAGCACUUCAAGAAACAUUAUUACCAUCCACCAUCAGUUCAACAACAACAACAGAGUCCUCUGAAGAAUCUAAUAUAAUCAUCUCAAAGUUGGAAUCAAUAUUCUCCCCGUUUAUCAGAGAUAUAAAUACCUAUAAAGGUCUCAUAAUUAUUCCUAAACCACCAAUUUCGUAUAAUCCUAAGAAUAGAAUCGAAAUUAUAGUAGUCAUUCACUCACGGAAAAAAUCUACAUAUACUAAAAAAUUAUAUAAAAACGAAAACAAUGACAAUUCCAUCAGUCAUGAUACAAUACCAGAGUCCACUGAACUAUCUCAACAAUCCUCCUUCGGUCUAACAGAAGCUUCUACAGUACCUCAAGAAUCAUUAAAAUCAGUCAGUAGAGUACCUCAAAAACCAUUACAAUCCUCUUCCAUCAUUUCAACAGAAUCUUCCGAAAAAUCCAAAGAAACAUUAAAAUUCUCCAAGAUUCAAAUAAUGAAGAAAUGGCAGCAACUCCAACAACACCUUCAUCUUCUGAUCAAGAUUCAAACAGAUUCCUCUGAAAUGCCUCAAGAAACAUUACAAACUGAGGCCUCUGAACUGCCAUAA